CGUUGUCCGCUUGCAGCCCACCCACCGCUCUCUCCCUCGCUCCUCGCCCAAACCCAAGAACCCUGACCCAGCCAGCGCAGGACCCGAGAGAGGAGAAAGGAAUGGAAGAGGAGGCCCGGCCGCCCCUGCUCCCGGUGCGCAUCCCGAUGAACGGCGAGGACCUGGCCCCUGCCGCCCCCGGCGCGUGCGCCGUCGGCGGCGGCAGGGCGGAGAUCGACACCUCGGCGCCGUUCGAGUCCGUGCGGGAGGCCGUCGACCGCUUCGGCGGCAGCGCCGCCUGGAGCUCCCACCUCGUCAACCGCAUCUUCGCGCACCACAAGAAGCAGAACCAGACUGUGUGCGUGGGGACUGAAGACGAGCAAUGCGCCAAUCUGGCGGAGCAGACCGCGCAGAUAGAGAAGGAGCUCGGCGCCAAGGAGAGGGAGACGCUCGAUGUGCUCAAGCAGCUCGAGUCCGCCAAGAGGAUCAUCGCAGAUUUGAAGCUCAAGAUUCAGAAGAAAACAGCUGAAGAUGCAUUGCAAGCUGAAGAAGAGAAGCAGCAGCAUCCAGAGAGCAACUGCUCUCUCACUCAAGUGUCCACAGCAGAACCUGAAGUGAAGCAGCCCGAAGGAAACGCUGAAGCUGCAGAAGAAGUGCAGAUAACAGAGCCUGAAGUGAAGCAGCAGCCUGAGGAAAAUGCAAAUUCUGGAGCUGAUGUGGACAUGUGUGCCGGUCUAGACGAACAAGAGCAGCAGCAGCAGCAUCCUAACUUGGUUCUGAUGGAGCUCGAGCAGGCAAAGUCGAACCUGAACAGAACCACGGGUGAUCUCGCUGCCAUCAGAGCCUCCAUCGAGUCGCUGCGUCAUGACAUAGCGACGGAGAAAGUCUUGGUGGAGAGGAGCCGGGCGAAGGUGUCCUCGGAUGCCACCUUGGUUUCUUCUCUAAAGGAGGAGCUGGAUCAGACCACGAAGAAGCUGCAGACGCUGAAGGAUCUGCAGAGAAGGCGCGAGGAUCCCUCGGACAUCUUCUUCGAGAUCAAGAGGAUGACUUCAGAGAUAGAGCAGCUCAGGAAUGCAGCAAAUGCGUCGAAGUCUGAAGCCAUGAUGUUAGCUGCCGAGAUUGAGCAGACCAAGGCUACCAUCGGCACUGCUGAAGUGAGAUGUCUUGCUGCCAAGAAGAUGGAAGAAGCAGCAAGGGCAGCCGAAGCUCUUGCACUAGCUGAGAUCAAGGCCCUACUCUGCAGUGAAGCCUCAGCUGAAGACCUCCAGGGCACAGAUGGAGUGAUCCUUUCAGUGGAAGAGUACUCCGAGCUUGCUUCGAAGGCUCGAGAGGUCGAUGAAAGCUCAAGGAACAAGAUUGCAGCUGCCAUGGUUCAUGUAGACGAAGCCAACCAAUCAAAGUCAGAGUCACUCACAAGGCUAGAGGAAGCCAAAAUGGAGGUUGAGGAGUGUAAGAAGGCACUGCAAGAGGCCCUGAAGAGGGUAGAGACUGCCAACCGAAGAAAGUUUGCGGUGGAAGAGACCCUUCGCCGAUGCCGGUCCGAGACCGGACACAAGAGGCGCUCAUUCCGUGGCUCCCCCAAGUUCAAAACUGCAGCACAUCGUCACAGAGAUGAUUCUCACUGCAUGGACAUCGUCGAUGUUUCAGACAACUCCAUGAAGCCGACACUGUCGAUCGGGCAGAUACUGAGUAUGAAGCUAAUGGGGCCUGAUGGGUACGACAAGAGCGUGUCGGAUGACACGAGUACGAGUGAAACUUCUAGUGUCUCCCUUGGCCAGAUCCUGAACAGGAGGCAGGCAAUCUUGACUUAUAGCAGUGAUACAAGUGCUAACAAGAAAUUCUCCGGAAAGAGGAAGAAGUUUGCCUUCACUGGACUUUCAGUUUUCUUGGCAAAGCAGGCCAAGAGCAAGAAAAAGAGAGGGUCAGAUGAGAACUGAUGUUAACUCUGCCAGAACACUAGCUAGUUACUGAGUGUUUUGACACCCUCUUUCCAUGUCUUGUGUUCCUGUAUAAUGUUCCUAGGAGUAUAUGUUUCUAGGUUAAUGAGGUUCUGAUAUUUCCGUAGCUCCAUGUACCAGUUCAUCAGUUUAGCAUCUCCUGAGUGAUGUUAGUGGUUAGAUUUAGACUAGUAUCAUGUGCUCUAUGAACAUGGAAGAUUUCAGUUGAGUUGUUAGCUCUGUAUCAUGUACCCUGUGGUCAUGUAAGACAUUGAUUUGUAGUACUCGGAUCUGUUUGGGUAAGCCUGUUCUUUUCUUU